CCUAUGAUUCAUGAAUCAACUUUCAAUAAGCAGUUUUAAGUGCACUAUGAAUUAAAUUGUCAACAAAUCCGGUUUUCCUGCAACUCGAAAACAACAUUUAACAGCCAACGAUUGCGAAAUGUGAAAAUAAAUGAAAUCGUUUGAAAAUAAGUGAAAAAAUUGUAACUUAAGUGUAAAAAAAUACAGAUUCCUUACCCAGCUUUAGUGCAUGCGUGUGUGUGUGUGUGCCCAUUUUCAGCUAACCCCUCAUACCUGCUGAGCAUUGUCGUUCCAUAAAAUUGUACAUCACUAGUAUCUAACGCAUCUUUAUGAGCUGGUUGAUUGCACUAAACCGCCAAUUAAUUGCGUGUGGGCAUUAAGAGAUUGUAACCAGAACCGGACAAGGGAUAUGUGUUGCUAUCGCGAUUUAAAUUUCAUUUAAUUGAAUUUGCUUAGUUUUGGGACUUGGGCGGGACAUAAGCAAACCUGUGAGAAAUUUCUAAACGCUUCCAUAUUAAAAUUAUAAUCAACAAUUCGUUUUUAUACCCGCUUACACAUUUUAAACAUCACUUAGUCAGAUAAACUCCAACCUCAACGCUAUUAACAUACAUACACACAUUCAUACAUACAUCAAUCACCUAUAGGCCCAACGAAAAAUGACGUUCCAACAAUUGUUGCAUUAUAAAUACCUAACGAAGGAGCAGCUCAAUGGCUUUGAUAAUUACAAGUACAGCGCACGAGAUACCUCUCCCCUCAGCGUUUAUGUUAUGCACCCAUUCUGGAAUUGGAUUGUCAAGUUCUUUCCACGCUGGCUUGCCCCAAAUGUUAUGACUUUUCUUGGCUUCCUUUGUACGGUGUUGAAUUUCCUGCUCCUAUCCUAUUAUGAUUGGAAUUUCUUCGCAAGCUCUGGUCUACCAAACACCAAACCCAUACCCUCAUGGGUGUGGCUAUGCUGUGCAAUAAAUAUAUUCUUAGCCUACACAUUGGAUGGUAUUGAUGGGAAACAGGCGCGUCGUAUUGGCUUGUCCGGCCCGCUGGGUGAACUCUUCGAUCACGGGCUGGACUCUUAUACAGCUGUGCUGAUACCUACAUGUCUGUAUAGCAUUUUCGGACGCAGUCCUGUUUACUCAGUGGCACCCAUACGCAUGUACUAUGUAUGUUGGAUGGUGUUUUUGAAUUUCUACAUUUCUCACUGGGAAAAGUAUAAUACGGGCGUACUGUAUCUACCAUGGGGCUAUGAUUUGAGCAUGUGGGGAUCCACUGCUAUGUAUCUGUUGACGUGGUGGUUCGGUUUUGAUUUUUGGCAACGCGCGCUACCAUUGGGCAUCACUUUGGGACAUAUGAUGGAAUUCGUUUUGCAUUUUAGCGCGAUGGCCAAUACACCGAUGGUGGCCAUAAAUGUAUACAACUCAUAUGUGCAGCGCACUGGCAAAAUGCGUGGUUUCAAGGAAGCGAUCCGACCAAUAUGGCCUCUCUUGUCGUUCAUUAUCAUAAUGCUGUUGUGGCCAAUUAUCUCGCCAAACGACAUAAUGGAAAAGGACCCACGCAUAAUGUUCAUGCUGAGUGGCACAAUUUUUUCGAACGUUAGUUGUCGUCUGAUCGUGGCGCAAAUGUCCAAUACACGCUGUGAAUGCUUUCAUUAUAUGACUCCCAUUUUUCUGAUCUUCGUUGGAAUCGGCUUAUGGAUACCGCUGCUCGAACGCCCAAUGCUCUAUAUGCUGUUCAUCGUUACAACACUAACACAUUGGCAUUACGGCACAAACGUGGUAAAUGAAAUGUGCGAGCACUUCAAUCGUAUCUGCUUUAGUGUGAAUAUGCGCGAACGAGCGGUACGCAAUGCCAAUGCGACAGAUAGUGAAGAUGUGCGUUUGCGUGAUAUGGAGAAGACCGACUAAGAAAAGAACACAACCAAAAAAAAAACAAAAA